CCCUGGGGCGCCCGGGCGCAACCCGCCGCUGCGAGGAGAGAGACCCUCGGCUUGCUGUGCUACGAGGCUCCGCUCCAAGGAUUAACAGGAAAAGAAACCAUAGAAUCAGAAGUCUGGAAAAAGGACCUUAAUGGGCAAGGAUGGAGACAACCUCCUGAAAGCACUAUUGGCUAAGUUCCUGUGGUGCCAAAUCACAAGGCAAGGUUUCCAAGGACCUACAGGUAUGGAUCUUUGGCAGCUGCUACUUACUUUGGCCCUGGCAAGUUCAAAUGAUGCUUUUUCUCAAAGCGAGGAGCCUUCUGGGAAGCCUCAGUAUACCAAGUGCCGUUCACCUGAACUAGAGACAUUUUCAUGCUACUGGACUGAUGAAGUUUAUCAUGGUCCAAAGAGUCCAAUAAAGCUGUUGUAUAAGAAAAGGAUUGACGAAGAGUGGAAAGAAUGCCCCGAUUAUGUCUCUGCUGGAGAAAACAGCUGUUAUUUCAAUUCAUCAUAUACCUCCAUUUGGACACCCUAUUGUAUCAAGCUAAGAAAUAUUAGUCACGAGUUGGAGAAAAGAUGUUUCACUGUUGAUGAAAUAGUACAACCAGAUCCACCCAUUGGCCUCAACUGGACUUUGCUAAACACCAGCCUAACGGGGAUCCAUGCCGACAUCCAGGUGAGAUGGGGACCACCUCCCAAUGCAGAUGUUCAGAAAGGAUGGAUCCUCUUGGAGUAUGAGCUUCAAUACAAAGAAAUAAAUGAUACCCAAUGGAAAAAGAUGGAACUGGUACGCACCACAUCUGUUCCAGUGUACUCCUUAAGGUUGGAUAGAGAAUAUGAAAUACGAGUCAGAUCCAGACAACGUACCUCGGAUAAAUUUGGGGAGUUCAGCGAAAUACUUUAUGUAACAUUUCCCCAGAUGAGCCCUUUUAUAAAUGAUUGUGAAGAGAAAAUCAAUGAUUUCCAGUUUCCAUGGUUCUUGAUUAUUAUCUUUGGAAUAUUUGGGCUGACAGUGGUGUUAUUUGUAUUCGUACUUUCUAAACAACAAAGGAUCAAGCUGCUGAUACUGCCCCCAGUUCCAGUUCCAAAAAUUAAAGGGAUAGAUCCGGAUCUUCUGAAGAAAGGAAAAUUAGAAGAGGUAAACACGAUCUUAGCCAGCCAUGACAGCUAUAAGUCUCAAUUCUACAAUGAUGAUUCUUGGGUAGAGUUCAUUGAGCUGGACAUUGACGAUCCUGAUGAAAAGACAGAAGAAUCCGACACAGACAGACUUCUAAGCAGUGACCACCAGAAAUCCCUGAAUUACCUUGGGGCGAAAGAUGAUGACUCUGGACGUACAAGCUGUUAUGAGCCAGACAUUCUGGAGACUGAUCUGAGUGCCAGUGACUCCUGUGAUGGGACUUCAGACAUUGCUCAGUCACAGAGGAUGAAAGGGAAAGCAGAUCUCUUAUGCCUUGAGCAGAAGAAUGAUGGGUCACCUUCUAAUUGUGAUACCCCAGCAACUCAUCCACCCAACAGUGUCAUCCUUUCAGAAGAUAGCAAGCCAAGACCACUUCUUACAAGUGGAAUUGAGUCAACUGGCCUACCUGUCCAUACUCAGCUGAGCAACCAGAGUUCACUGGCAAACAUUGACUUUUACGCCCAGGUGAGCGACAUCACUCCUGCAGGAAGUGUUGUUCUUUCACCUGGGCAAAAAAAUAAGGCAGGGAUAUCACAGUGUGAUGGGCACCCAGAAGUGGCCUCACUGUGCCAAGCAAACUUCAUCAUGGACAAUACCUACUUCUGCGAGGCAGAUGCGAAAAAAUGUGUUUCCGUGGCCCCUCAUGUUGAGCCAGAGCCCCGGGUGGAGCCGAGCUUUAGCCAGGAAGAUGUUUACAUCACCACAGAAAGCCUUACCACUACUGCUGUGAGUUCCGGAAUAGCGGGAGGACCUUCAAAUUCUGAAAUGCCCGUGCCUGACUAUACCUCCAUUCACAUAGUACAGUCUCCCCAGGGCCUUGUACUCAAUGCGACCGCGCUUCCUGUGCCUGACAAAGAAUUCCUCACCUCGUGUGGCUAUGUAAGCACAGACCAACUGAACAAAAUCAUGCCCUAGCCUUUCUUUCGUUUACCUUGCGCAUAUAUAUUUAAUAGCAUAAAGAUGGCUUGGGCUAGUCCACUUAAACCAAAAUAAUGUUUAAACAUUUUUUUUGGGUGGUUCUUAAGCGCUUUUUCCUGAAAUGUUGAAACAUGAUAAACACACACAAACACACAAGCAUUAAUCAGACUCUUUCCUAUUGUGAAUUGUAAAUAUUUUAAAGCAUUGUCUCUCUAAGACCAUUGAGUAGCAGUGAUUGUCUUGUUAUUGUGGGUGUUGAUUUUGUGAUACUAAACAUUGAAUGACUAUGUUUUUAAUGUAUAGUAAAUCAUGCUUUUUGAAAAAGCUAAAAUCAGGUGGUUUUGCAGUUCAGGAGAAUUUAAUGCAAAUCAUACCAUACACUGAGUUGUUUGAUGUUGUUUUUUAAAUCGGUAAUUGGAAAAACUAAAUAAAAUAUAAACAGGAAGGCAGAAGUAGUUUGGGUAAGUAAAACAUUUAUUUUGACAUACAAAUUGAUAAAGAUAUUUUAAUAUUCUAGACUUAAAGCACGGCUAUUUUAUAUUACGGUACACAAUGUGUACUGUAAUUUAUGCUGAUCCAUCUAAAGAAUGUAUUCGUUGCAAUUUUACCAAAGCUGGUUUCAGGUUUUGGUCAUUGCAGCAAAAAUGAAAUAAAAUAAAAUAACAAAAAAGUUA